AUGAAGACUCGAUCGGCGUCAGUGUCAAAAGUGCAGAAGUCUGAAGACGAGACGAAGACCAAACCCCUCGUUGCCGCCGAGAAACCGAGCAAAACGUUCAUCCUCCCAUCCUCUACCAGCGACAAUGCGCGGCUCCUCUCGCUGCCAGAUCCUCAAUCGGGAGAGCUGAAACGCUACUUUUUCUGUCCAAAUCGUGGCAUUUACGAAUUUACGGUUGUUUCACCACCAGCGCAUCUGGCGCGUAGUAUACUGUUCAUCCCUCGAACGCGCGAAACUGCGAGCCCGUCGGAAGAAGAGAAAAAAGACCCCGAGAAGCUCUCCGCACAGGGCUCAAUUACAAAGAAGGCAGAGUUCCUGAUGGCAACUCCGAUCGAUGCGCUGUUUUUCAUGGUUCCAUUGUUAGCACCUUCUUCAAAAUCGGGCCGUUCUCUAUUCCAGCCAUUUGACGAUAUAAUCGACUCUCACGACGACAUGCCCCACCAUCUGCGCCAAGUUCUUUGUGAUGAUGAAUUUCGGGACUCCCUCCUAGCACGGACAGAAGCUAUAUGUGAAGUGGUUGAGGCUGGUGAUGAGAAGAUGUUCCGAUUCAAUGAGAUGAAACUUGUUCAGGAGUUCGUCGCAAAGGCAGAACGCAUAGCGGAUCGGGGUCUUCCUGCGAGUAUGGAAGAACACUUUGUGCGUCAGGCGCUAGCCACGCCUUUGAUGUCGGUCAAGCGAGAAGAUGUUGCGACUAGCCAAGAACCGUCCAAUGAGAGCCAGGAAGCCUCGAAAUCUGAGGAGAGACAGGAUUCACUCUCGACUGUAGAUACAGCUAUGACCCCAUCUGUUGCGUCUCCCGCAGGGGAAUUGACACCCGUGUCACAGCCACCCAGCGAAGAGUCGACAGCUUCGGAUCAUAUUGCUCGACUCCUCCGAAUUUCAACUGCACUGUCCUUCAUGAAGGAGUCAUAUUUACCCGCUAGUAUGGCCUCUAAGGUAGAUGAGAUCCUUGCUUCUGCAGAGAGCCCUGUCGAUUUCGAGCCACUGAAAGACCGUCUCAAGCAAAUUGCGGACCUUCGUGCUACAGCUCUUGCAUCACGCGACAUGUCCAACUUCAGCCGGAAACGAGACCAUGAUGACGAGGAAGAGGAUACACGGGCCGAGAAGAAACGUCGCAAGGAAGAGGAGGAAAAAAAGUCCAAGGCUGCGCAAUCCCAAGCUGUCAAGAAUCUCAAGAAGGUCAACACAAGCGGCAUGCAGAAGUUGAGCUCAUUCUUCGCCAAGGCCGCACCCAAAAAGAAGACUUGA